GAAACAGAGCAGCUACCAAAAAGUACUGAAGACGAUGAAUUUUUCGAGAAAUCUGUGAAUAUUGGCAAAAUAAGCAUUAAUUCGGAAGUUCAGAAAGCAAAUGUGCUGCCACUGCGUUCGCAAAAACCAAAAGAUCCGAAUCAAAUACGGCACUGUAUCGCUGUCAACGUUGUUAUC